AUGGCCGACGAACUAAUUGAUCAAUGUGCAAACUUGCGAAUCAAUGACCUGGAGAAUGAAAUUGUUGAUUUAGGGGAUGUGGAGGACGGUGAAUCGGAAGCGCGAGUAUCCCUAAUGUUGGUUGGGAAAUUAAUUUCCGAUCGAACGAUUAAUGUGGAAGCUUUUAAGAGGACUAUGAUUCAUGCUUGGGCAGUGUCGAAAAGACUGGUAAUUAGGGUAAUUGGGGCAAAUUUGUUUGCUUUCCAAUUUUUUCAUUGGAAAGAUAGAAAGAAGGUAUUAGAGGGCCGCCAAUGGUGUUUUGAAAAUAAUUUACUGCUAUUGAAAGAAGUGAAGGGGGAUGAGCAACCGACGGAGGUGGUAUUGACCCACUCUCCUUUCUGGGUUAGAUUGGAAAACCUCCCUUUCAACCGUCGCUCUAAUGUUGUCGUUGCUGCUUUGACGGCGUCUAUGGGUGAAUUAAUGGAAGUGGAGGAUGAUGACCUUGGACUGGAUAAAUACAGAAGAGUGAAAUUGAACCUAGAUGUAACAAAACCUUUGCGACGUUUCUUGAACAUGAAAGGGAAAUAA